CCUAUUUGUUCACGUCUUCACCGGUCCUCACGCUGUCGUGGCGUCUCCGGCUUCUUGCCCCGUCACCACCCUCGGUUUCCACCUCCGGGCUGCCCUUCCCAAACCGUGCGCUUUUUAAAGCCCGCAUAGCCAUUUGCUGCAGAAUUGCGCCGUGCCCUGCAACACCGCACGGGCUGACCAACCAAACCCGCCCGUCUCUGUUGCUGGUCUGGUCUGGUCUGGUCACCACCAAGAAGCUAACCACCAACGCCCAACAUCUCCACCGCGCGGAGGACAGAGGGCCAUCUGCCGAAUUAAACUCCCCUCUCUCCUCGCGCGCCUCUCUUCUCUGCCUCCAAGAUCACAACGCGGACAUGGUGGCUACCGUCGCUGCCGCGGGCGCCGCGGCGGCGGCGGCGUCGGGGCGGCGCCGCGGGGCCAGGAGGGAGCCGGCGACCAUGCACGCCGGCAUCCGGCGCUCGCGCUCCGAGCCGCACCUCCGCUGCCCCCGCCGCGGGGGCGCGGCGGGCGCCGCGCUCACCACCAGCCGCUCCAUCGGCGUCUUCCCGUUCCAGUUCGGCGCCGCGCCGCUGCGCCCGCCGCCGCUGCCCGACGGCGGCGGCGACGGCUCCCGCCUCCUCACCGUCGCCGACGACGCCGACCCGCCGGAGCCCUGCCCGGAAAUGCCGCCCGCCAGGAGGCCCGAGGCGCACUGGCUCGACCGCCUCCUGGAGGUCCGCUCCCGCUUCCACGACCCGACCUGGCGCGACGUCCUCGACCACGACGACGACGACGACGACGAGGACCUCUACCGCCUCGACGCUGACCACCACCACGACGGCGGGUGCGGCGUCAGCUACGAGGACGACGGCGAGGAGGAGGACGCCAGGUGGGACCGCGACUCCUUCGCCAAGCUGCUGGCGCGGGCCCCGCUCGGAGAGGCGCGGCUGUUCGCGCAGCUGGCCUUCCUCUGUAACAUGGCCUACGUCAUCCCCGAGAUCAAGGUCGAGGAGCUGAAGAGGCACUACGGGUUGCGGUUCGUGACGUCGUCUCUGGAGAAGAAGGCGGAGGCCGGCAUCAUAAGCGCCAAGCUGGACGCGGACUCCACGCGGCCGCGCACCGCGCCGGCGUACGAGGUGGCUUCCGGCCCACAGCCGCGCCGGCCCAUCCGGUCGUCGCACCUGGCCUACGAGGUGGCGGCGUCGGCCGCGUCCUACGUCCACGCGCGCGCGCGCGGCCUGCUCUCGUUCGGCGCGCCGACGCGGCAGCAGCAGCAGGCAGCGGGUCAGGGCAGGCUGUACAACUCGGGCGUGGCCGCGUACAUGGCCGCGUCGACGGUGACGGCGGUGGUGGCCGCCGAGGACGAGGCGCGGCAGGAGGCGGCCCGCGACCUGCGGUCGCCGCUGUCGUCGCCGUGCGAGUGGUUCGUGUGCGACGAGGCGGACGCGCGGACGCGGUGCCUCGUCAUCCAGGGCUCCGACUCGCUGGCGUCGUGGCAGGCCAACCUCCUGUUCGAGCCCACCGAGUUCGAGGGCACCGGCGUGCUGGUGCACCGGGGCAUCUACGAGGCGGCCAAGGGCAUCUACGAGCAGGUCAUGCCGGAGAUCGAGGCGCACCUGCGGGCGCACGCGGGGCGCGCGCCGCCGCGGCUGCGGCUCACGGGCCACUCGCUCGGCGGCAGCCUCGCGGUGCUGGUCAGCCUCAUGCUGCUGGCGCGCGGCGUGGUGACGCCCGACGCGCUGCACCCGGUGGUCACGUUCGGGGCGCCGUCCGUGUUCUGCGGCGGGAACCGCGUCCUGGAGGCCCUGGGCGUCGGCGAGGCGCACGUCCGGUCCGUGGCCAUGCACCGCGACAUCGUGCCCAGGGCCUUCUCGUGCCGCUACCCGGGCCACGCCAUCGCGCUGCUCAAGCGCCUCAACGGCGUGCUCCGCACCCACCCGUGCCUCAACACGCACAAGGCGCUGUACACGCCCAUGGGCUCCACGUACAUCCUGCAGCCCGACAGCAGCGUGUCGCCGCGGCACCCGUUUCUCCCCGAGGGCGCGGCGCUGUUCCGGCUCGACUCGGACGACGCCGGCCUCCGUGGCGGCGCGGAGCGCCCGCCGAGGGCUCUGGUGGCCAGCGCGCUGCGCGCGUUCCUCAACUCGCCGCACCCGCUCGAGACACUGAGCGACCUGUCUGCCUACGGCGCGGGGGGCGCCAUACUCCGGGACCACGAGUCCAGCAACUACUUCAGGGCGCUCAGCGCGCUGGCCAGGGCGCCGCCGCGGCGCCGGAAGCAACCGGAGGUCGUGUGGCAGCUGCCCGGCGUCGAGCGGCUGCAGCAGUAUUGGUGGCCGGGGAUCGCCAGCACCGUCAUCCCCGCACCGUUGGCCGUCAGCAAAAAGGAGCUGGUGUCCGAGGCAUAGAAUUUGUACGCUUCGUUCCUUUGGUGUGCUCGCUUGAGCAGUGUACAUUCUUUGAUUCUGGUUCCGCACGAGGUACAUAAAAAUGCACAACUUGUUCU